AUGGCGUUGAGUAUGACUCAUCCGAUCGGGAGUCUCGUUGGAACUCCAGCUCCGAUUGAAUCGACUGUCGGAGAGGCACCAGCAACGGUGAACGCGGCGGCAGUGUGGAAAACACCGUCGACGAAUCUACGUUGUAAAGCAAGUAGGUCAGAUGUUAAAGGAGACGGAUUAUCACCGCCUAUGAGUCCGUGUAGAUCGCCGGUACUUGGCGGAAACCGGCCAGAUCUGAAUGUAGCGUGUCAAGCUUUUACGAUGGAAGCGGAAACGGCGGUGGAGAAGGAGCAUGUAUCGGGAGCGAGAUCGAAGAAAGGGAGAGGGAGUGGAGUGCCGGUUUAUGUGAUGAUGCCGUUAGAUAGCGUGAGUAUGGGGAACGGUGUGAAUAGAAAGAAAGCGGUGAAUGCCGCGAUGGCUGCGUUGAAGAGUGCUGGUGUGGAGGGGAUUAUGAUGGAUGUGUGGUGGGGAUUGGUGGAGAGAGAAGGUCCGGGUGAGUAUAAUUGGGGCGGUUAUAAUGAGCUUAUGGAAAUGGCGAAGAAGCACGGGCUUAAGGUUCAGGCGGUUAUGUCGUUUCAUCAAUGCGGUGGUAACGUCGGUGAUUCUGUCACUAUUCCUUUGCCUAAAUGGGCUGUGGAGGAGAUUGAUAAAGAUCCUGAUCUGGCAUAUACUGAUCAAUGGGGAAGAAGAAACUAUGAAUAUAUAUCACUUGGAUGUGAUACUUUGCCAGUACUCAAGGGUAGAACCCCAGUUCAAUGUUAUGCUGAUUUCAUGCGUGCUUUCAGAGACAAUUUCAAGCACCUUCUUGGGGAUACCAUUGUGGAAAUCCAAGUUGGAAUGGGACCAGCUGGUGAGUUACGUUACCCGUCAUACCCAGAGCAAAACGGGACAUGGAAAUUCCCAGGAAUUGGUGCUUUCCAAUGUUAUGACAAGUAUAUGUUGAGCAGCUUAAAAGCUGCAGCUGAAGCUGCUAAUAAGAGAGACUGGGGAAGCACAGGCCCAACUGAUGCAGGCCAGUACAACAACUGGCCAGAAGACACUAACUUUUUCCGCAAAGAAGGUGGAGGCUGGGAUAGUGAAUAUGGCGAGUUUUUCCUCACAUGGUACUCUCAGAUGUUGUUGGACCAUGGUGAGAGAAUUCUCACAUCAACCAAAUCAAUCUUUGACAAUACUGGAGUUAAAAUAUCCGUGAAAGUUGCUGGUAUUCAUUGGCACUAUGGUACAAGGUCUCAUGCUCCAGAGCUAACAGCAGGAUACUACAACACCCGUAAACGUGAUGGUUAUCUCCCUAUUGCUCAAAUGUUGGCACGUCACGGUGCUGUUUUCAACUUCACAUGUAUUGAGAUGCGUGACCACGAACAGCCACAGGAUGCACUUUGCGCACCUGAAAAACUCGUGAAUCAAGUGGCUUUAGCCACCCAGAAGGCACAGGUUCAUCUUGCUGGCGAAAAUGCAUUGCCACGGUACGAUGAACAUGCACACAAGCAGAUAUUAAAGGCGUCACAGUUGAAUGUCGAAGGUAACUUGGAUGACACAGAGAUGUGUGCAUUUACUUACCUGAGGAUGAACCAACAAUUGUUUCAGCCUGAUAAUUGGAGAAAGUUUGUGGCAUUUGUGAAGAAGAUGAAAGAAGGAAAAAGUACUGAUAAAUGUUGGGAACAAGUCGAGAGAGAAGCUGAGCAUUUUGUGCAUGUUACACAGCCUCUUGUGCGAGAAGCUGUUGCAAUGAUGCACUAA